CAAUCCCCGCCCUGGAUAAGUAAUAUUUCCUGAAUGUAGGCAAACACCACUCCGCGACUGAAUUCUUUCAAGCCAAGGUGAUCGAGCACAAGACAGCGGCAAGAUGAACAUGUCAAGCGCAUUCCAUGUGCUACUAUUGAUGGCCGGGAGUCUGGUCGGGGUGUGCGGAGUAUCUACAAAAGGCAUUGCCCCCAAUAACUCCAUCAUCGCAGGCAUCAAUAUUAGCAGCACCGCAGAAGCGCUCCAUGCAGCCAGCAUCAAUCUCAGUCGUGAUAGUGGGAAUGGUCAGCCCUUGACUCCCCAGAACAACUAUAAUGGCUGGGUUAAUCCCGAAGACUUGACUCCCAUGCCACAAUGCAUCGCUCAACAGGAUCAAUCCGCGUGGCUGAGUGUCAUGACCAAAUGUACCAGCAAACGAUGCACCUCGCACUUCGGAUUUAUCUGUACACACGGCCAAUGGCUAACUCAACUCAGUUGUCUCAGCGUAGAAUUCUCCCCCGACGUUGUUCGGCCGUAUCUCCCAUACUGUGGCAGAUCAGUACUUGCCAAAGCGCAGCUGUAUCAAUGGAUUCGUCACAUCACCGGUCGAACGUGGCUUGUUGAUGUCGGUGAUGGGAACGGGCUACAAAACCUCUCCCCGGCUUCGCUAGCUAAAGGCUACGCUCCAUUCGACGUAACCUACGACGCACCAGCAUGUCUAACCAGUUCGGCUUCUACUCCAUCGAUGGAACUAUUUCAACAUGUAAUAGCCUCCUGUAGCUUCACAGGCCUUACCCAGCACACCGGAAAUGCCGCUCGUCCUUGGGAAUAUAGUGCGUCCUUGAAGUCCAUGAUCGUUCUGGACACCGAAACUGUUGGAUAUGACCUCAUUCAGCGUAGUCUCGGAGGCGGCGAUUAUUUCGAUAAAGAAUGCUUCUGCAGCUCCUUCACCAUGGACACAGAUAACGAACCUUGUUCGCGGCCAGGACAAGAUCAGAUAGACUUGACGAAAGAGCGGCUAUGGCUUAACGCCACCUGUGGGCCAACUUCCUUGUCCGAUCACUGGACGGAUAGACUGAAAACCACGGGGUUCGCCUAUAUUCCAGUCGAAGAUUGGCAGUGGCCCAGGUUCGUCGCGGAUAUGUCGAAGCGAGUGGCCGAGCUUCCUGAUAAGUGUGCAACCGAUGCUUGUGAGGUCGACUCACGUGGCUACUGUAAAGUCAGGCGCGCCGUUGACAGAGCUUGUUUCUGCCACAACAUAAGUUACGAAUCCUGCGGAAGUUCGUGUCAGAUGUUCGAAACUCGGAUAGAAUAUGUAAAGUGGCUUCACGAUCUUUGUGGCAAUGUGCAUGACUGGCACGGUCUGCCAGAUACUUGGCGUCAAUUAGCCGCUCCUACCGUUCUCGACCUAAUUCCAUGGCGUUGGACUAUGAAACCAUCCAAAGAUUCAGAUGCCGCCAACAUUACCGGCGUGGAACCUAUCCGGGCAACAGAAACAUGUCCCUCGAAUGAGUGGAAGCUCGGAAGCUUGGCUCUAGUCAAUUUGAGUGCUCUGCUUGCUGCAUAUAUUGGUGGGAGAACUACAAUACAUCGACUCGUACGCAGUUUUUCAUGGCACGUGAGCCCGAGGUGUUGGGUUUUCAACGGGAUAGUGGUCGCCUCCCUUCAGCUUCUUGCAAACUGGCUCAAUGCGUUUCUUGUCCAAACAUCCCCUGGUUAUGAGGACGUCCCCCUUGUUCAGUCAAUUCUCUUCUGGUGCACAAUGCCCCGACCUACUUGGGUAUUGAUUCUGCUACUUGGUGUGAAAUCCUUUGAACCGAUGGAUUUAUCCCCUGCAAAGUCUUUCUUAUUUGCGGAAAUUAUCCUCCAGUUUCUAUCAUCAUAUUACAUGGUUAUGACUGUCAAUUAUGGUCGACAGCACAACUUCUAUUUUGGAGGGCUGGAAAGAGUGGAGAGGGGAGGGUCAGCAAACGUCAUGUAUGCUGGAGCACUCGUGUGGCUUGCCUUCAAUACCCUGGCGAUUUUCCAGUUACUAAGGGUGUUGCGUUACAUGAGGCUAAAAGAGAAACUGACACGUAGCUUGAUGGACGAGAUUCGGGUCUCAGAAGAAACACCAUUGAAGAGGGGCGAGGGACGAGACAAGGAGUAUGGCACGUUAUCAGGUGAAGGCAUAAACAAACGGGUUUCGCAGAAAGUGCCCGUGGGACUCUAUGGGGUCGUGGUCAUAACCAUGCUCCUAUGGAUUGCGCAAUGGCUGUUCUGGGGAGGGUUUCUUGGUCUGAGUUUGGAAGAGUUCUGCCCCCCUAGACUUGAAACUCUCACGGCUGUCUGGGUUGCGAUAUCAUUGGCAGGUAUUACUGUUGGAACUACAACACUUGAUAAGCGUACAUGAUCAAGCUCACAAGUGGCCCGAACCCCCGAGGUUGCAACACAUUCACGGCUGGCCAAAAAUGAAUUUCCUUUUAUUUCACUACGAGCUCGAAGAUCAGGAUGGAUAAAGGAGCAAAGUUGACUUGCCCCCCUUUCAGCCCCUAUUCUUCCUCUGAUACCACUUUUGCACCCGGCUGUAGUGGCUCUUUUAAUGACGGCACUGACAACGAAGUAAUGCAGCGUGAGAUAGAACGAUUGAUUAGCUGGGAUUUCGGAGUUUCGCUGAUUAUUUCAUGUACUUCUAUGAACUACGUGAUGACGUCACGCAAGCAACACGCCUUUUUGACACGCAUGCUUCCCAUACUUAGUGAUUAAACUAAUGUUGCUCUCAAUCGCCGUGCUCGCGAAUUGACACGCCAAUUAGUUGUCUUCGAAGUAUAGAUUUCAGUCGAUCUCUGGGCGCAAUAGGUAAAGUUACGCCCUAGUACUCGUUGAGCUCGGUCUACCUCCUGCGGCUACAGCGCUGCUAUUGUGGCAGUCUGCCAUAUUACAUACCGACUGGCCGAGUUGACAUAUACAACAAGGCCUAAAAAUGAGCAGGGCUUGAAAUUGAAGCUGUUCAUAGCACAAUAAUCUGCUAGGACCUUUCUUGGCCUUCGUAGCUGACUUUAACUCUAAAUGCGAUUCGGUGCUUGUGAUCUCCCAAGCCCUAGGUAUAUCUCAU